CCUGGUAAUCGAGUUCAAAACCAUUUUCUCCAACCAUGUCUUCUCUUGUUCUCCUCAUUCUCCUAUGUCUUUCUUUGCAUGCAUGUGAUGCCUCCCGUCUACGACUUGCUGAUAAGGAGAAUAGAAAACAAGCUGACUAUUUCAGCAAGGAUGCAGAAAGGACAAAAGUUCUUGAGACAACAAUCACAUCAAGGUCGAGGCCUUGCCCCUUUGAUAAGUGCAUAUCACAACAAAAAAAUAUAAAAUACGAUGGAAGAAACAGCCAUGACAAACAGAAGGAUUCAAAGGUCCCUUUUAAGAAACAAGAAAAUGGGGAAACUUCAGGAUAUGAGAAUAUUAUGGGGUCGUCUUUCCACAAAGAUUUGCAACUGGUGAGAAGCAUACAGGAAUUGAAGAGGAACGUACGGUCAUUGCUGGGAGCUGCGCAACAUGACACUGCUAAAGAAACAGUAGAUGCUAUAGAAAAUGAGGGACUGGACAACAAUGUGAGUAUAGUGAUGGAUUAUGCGCAACCCCAUCGGAAACCACCCAUUCACAAUGAAAAGCCCUAAAUCAUCAAAAUCUUUCCUACAUCUACAUGUCUCUUUAAUUUAUUAUAUAUCAUUUAAGCUUUUCCACCUAUACUCUCAUCUUACGGGGAACUGUAUUAUAUAUGCUUCGAAUUACAGUGCUUGUGGUAAUGUAUGAAGAAUGAAGUAGUUAAA